AUGAGCACGAAUAACGGAAGAACCGAUGGUACAGAGAAGAAUAGCGCGGUGAAUUCGCCGUUUUCUGUUCUGAAAGGCGUGACGCCUGUCAACAGAGAGCCCGUAGCACAGGUAAAUUCGCGCGCGGCUACACGUCAGACAUUUGAGGAAGAAGGCAAUGGUAGUGAGGAUCCGCUUGUGGAAGAGUAUCUGACAAAGUAUUAUGGAAGCGAUGAAGACGAAGACAUACUUCGAGCAAGCAAACGGACCGAGAAAUUCUGGAAGGCCUUUGCAGCGGAGCGCAAGGAUGGGGACGAGAAGGUUCCAAGCAGGUUCAGGCGGAAGAAACUGCCGAAGUCGGAGAGACGAGCGGUAGCAGGGAGUGGGGGUGCGGAGCUGGCUGGUGCAUCUGCACACCCGGUUGAUUUUUACGACAUCAGAGGAGAAUACUCCGAUUUUGAAAGCAUCUCCACAGACGUGUUACCGUUAGUACUAGUGGACGGAUACAAUGUGGUGGGCAGCUGGCCCAAGCUGAAGAAGCCGUUUCUGCGAGGCGAUACAGAGGAGGCGAGAGAGAGGCUGCUGCUGGAAGUGCUGCCCUACCCCAGAUACGCUGAUGUGCGGGUGCUGGUGGUUUUUGACGGGUACAAUUCGAACAGCCCUGGUAACGAUCGCAUCUUAUCAUUUGGUGUGGACGUGGCAUUCUCCAAUGGCAUCUCAGCAGACGAAUGGAUCGAGAAGGAGGUAUCCAGUCUCAUGCAGCACCGCACUGCACCUUACAUCACCGUGGUCACAUCAGACGUUCAGCUGAAACUGGCUGUUCUCUCCAGGGUGAGGAGUGGGGGGUAG